AUGGAGUGGAAACUGGAGCGAUUCGCCUCUCGGAGGGUCCGAACUGAAGAAGAGAUUUUGUGGGAGAAUGUCAUGAAGAAGCUUGCAAAAGGUAUUAAACUGAACGGAAAUCAAAGCUUACAGAAGAUUAGCAAGGCAUUGAAUGCAGUGGAUACUCCAUAUUCUAACUUUAAAAACAAUAUUGUGCAAAGACAGACAUCUGAGAUGCCUGUUGCUAGUAGCCCAAUGGCCACGAGAGGGCAGCAGGUUUCCACUGGAAAUUGUGCCGCCCAUUCUUUUGGGGAAGACCAUUCUCUUGAUGAUUUGAUGGAUGCUUCUGGAUCAGAGUUGGAGAGAACACAGGAGGAAGUGACCGUGAUUCUUGGAUCCCCCAGUGAUCAGGCUCGGAAGACCUGUGUGGCAGUGAACUUAGGAAGAAAUGAUGCUGCUCUAAGGUGUUGGGAGGCAUCGAAUACCCAAUGGAGAAAUUGGCAGAAAAAUGUUGCUUUGAAAAGUCAGAAGUGUCUAACCUUGCUGCUGCUGCCUUCAGACCUGAAGGAGCCCUGGAAUGUCAGUGGGAGAAUGCAGAUCUGUGAGACACCCAAGUGCCUUUGGGAAGGUUGCAGAAGUGGAAUUCAUGGAGAGGAGUCUGUGCAUCAUCAAAGCUGCAGUGACAUGAAAGAUCUGGUAUUCCAGCCAGAGGUGAAGAUUCAUCUUAUUGGCCUACGGGAUGACUACUAUCUAAACAUCCUGGACUGGAAUUCUGAAGGUCUUCUUGCUCUUGCCCUUGGGUCUGCUGUUCACAUCUGGAAUGGUGAAAGCCACCAUGGGAUGGGAAGCAUAGACUUGAGUCCCUGGUCUAACUAUAUCUCUUCAGUUUCCUGGAUAAAGGAGGGAGCCUGCCUGGCUAUUGGCACCAGUGAGGGAGAAGUACAAUUAUGGGAUGUGGCGACUAAAAAGAGACUGAGAAAUAUGCUUGGUCAUAUUUCAGUAGUUGGGGCUUUGAGCUGGAAUCAUUGUGUCCUCAGCAGUGGUUCAAGACUGGGCCAUAUUCAUCAUUAUGAUGUUUGGGUAGCUCAGCAUCACAUUGGAACACUUGCCAUAUUUGCCCUGAAGUGGUCACCAAGUGGUAGGCUGCUUUCCAGUGGUUGUACUGAUGGGCUAUUGAAAAUAUGGCCCUAUGAUCCUGGUGUAGUCAGAUCCUGUCAACCACUAAAAGUCCUACAUCACUCUACAGCAGUUAAGGCCAUGAACUGGUGUCCUUGGCAGUCUGAAAUCCUUGCUGUUGGAGGAGGCAUGAAAGAUGGACAUUUACAUGUCUGGGAUGUAAACAGUGAGAGCAGCAUCCAGACUCCAUGUACAAAAUCACAGAUUUGUUCCCUGAUCUGGUUACCUAAGACAAAAGAGAUUGCAACUGGGCAUGGUAUUCCUAAAAAUGAGGUGACUCUAUGGAGCUAUCCCCUUCUGACCCAGCCUGGUGGAUUUUUUGGCCACAGAGGCAGAGUAUUGCACCUGGCCUUGAGUCUGGAUCAGAGCAAAAUUUUUUCGGUUGCCACUGAUAGAACAGCCUAUGUAUGGAAAUGCUGUUAA